CGGGCGCCCGGGCGACCCCGCUGUCCCUUCCCGCAGAUGCAGAUGCGCUUUGAUGGGCGCCUCGGCUUCCCCGGCGGCUUCGUCAACAUGCAGGAUGGCGGUCUGGAGGCCAGGCUGAACCACGAGCUGAUCGAGGAGCUGGGCAAGGCCGUGGCGGGCUUCCGCGUGGAGCGCGCCGACUACUGCAGCUCGCACGCGGGGCCCGGGGCGCGCAUCGUGGCCCACUUCUACGCCAAGCGCCUGACGCUCCAGCAGCUGGUCGCUGUGGAGAUGGGCGCCCCUCGCGCCAAGGACCACGGGCUGGAGGUGCUAGGCCUGGUGCAAGUGCCCCUGUAUACCCUACGGGAUGGUGUGGGAGGCCUGCCUGCCUUCCUGGAGAACACCUUCAUUGGAGCUGCAAAGGAGCAGCUGCUGGAGGCCCUCCAGGAUUUAGAACUGGUGGAACCUGGUUCUCUUACAGCACGGAAGAUCUCCCUACCUCGCUAGAAGCAGCCCUCUGUGGACCCACGGAACCUGAGAUGAGGAUCUUGGUACAAAGGAAGGGAGGAGGGAAUGGGGGAGGUUUUCUCUUCCAGGCCUGGGCCUGAUAGAUGAUAACAGAUUAAAAGAAGUAUGUGCAGUAUGUUUGAGCAGAGGGCCCCCCCAGCAACUCUCAGCAUCCAGAGCAAAAAUCUGCAGCUCAUCCUGGGGCCCUGGCAAAUUCCCAGAGCUGGCCUCCUCUCUGUCCGUUUGCACACACACAGCAUAGCAGUCCCCGGACCUGUGAAUGUACAGUCUGUGCCCACAUACAAGCUGACGCCUCCCCACAACCCCCAUGUGCAGUUUAACUGGAAAGUGGCAUGUGUGGGGUCUAGCUUGUCAUUGGAACCAUCUCCUUGACGGGGAGGAGCCUCUGAUCCAGGGGAGCAUCUCUGCCCACACUCGUACAUGGCUGUUCUUGGGGGUCUAGCCCAGCAUAUGUUUGCUGCAGAGGGGAGAGAAGCAGAGGACCUUUUCUCCCUGAAAAUCGUCACAUCCUUGCUUGGGUGUUGGCAAAAGAAAUAUACUCCUGAAAGGUGGCAGAGGAUCCUAACCAGCUUCCUGCCCUCUUCUGAAAUUGAGCAGAAGGCUGAGAAAAAAUGGCCUGGUCUCCUUGGACUUGAACUUCUGAGUCCUGGUGCAUCUCCUCCAAAGCUGUCAUCUAGGACUCCUUAGACCAGGGACCUCAGAAGGGAAGAGACCCAGCCCUGGUCUAGCUCUGUCCUGACCAAAAGAGCCUGCCAUUAAAGAUUGGCUUAUAGCUGAGCCUCAGAGCCCUUCUGGUUUUUGGACAAA